AUGAGUCUCCUGCUUGUUUUUUUUCUCCUCCUUUUUUGCGUCGCUUUCCUUCCUAAGCAUGUUUCCGUUGAUGAUGGCCUCUUCAGAAGCCGGGUGUUGAACCCGUUCCACUACCAGCGGGAGAAGAUGCGCAUAAUGAAGCACGUGAACUCGCUGGCCUUCCUGUACAACGAAUUCAAGAACAACGUAGACGACCUGGAAAGGACAUACGACAAUUUCCUGAAGGCUCUGAAAGUGUCAAAAGAAACGGAGGAAAGGUUGCUAAAGAUGAAUGACCUCAGAACAGCGAGCUUCAUAAGCGAAAUGGAAGACCUAAAAAGUGAAUAUGAUGUGUUUAAGGAUUCCAUAGAGGAAAAUCUUAACAAGAAAAAAGACGAAUUCAACAAAACGUUGAAAGGUACCAUUGAAGGAUUCUUCCAAAAUUCCAUAAAGGAGUUAAAAGGCAUCACCAAGUAUAUCAAAUACAUAAAUCUGAAUGCAACAAAUUUGCAUAAAAUCGUAUCGAGCAUUUUUUCCAAGGCCAUGAAUUUAAGUGACAUUUAUGAGCAGAACAUUAACCACAUAUACGAGAUCGGAAAGGAAUAUUAUCGAAUAAAAUUAAGUACGUUAAAUAAUUUACUCGCUUCAGAGUACGAACAGUAUAAUAAGACACUUGGGUUCAUAUCGAAUGAGAAAUAUUUAGACAAAUUUUCAGAUGUAUUCUACAUAGAAAUGUUAAAAAAUUAUCUAAAAAAUUCUACUCAAAAAACGGUGAUGAUUGAUUUGUCCAACAUACUGGAGAGACACUCCUUCCAUGAACUUUCCUACUUUUUUAACAUUUUUCUGAAAAACUUCCAAAAGGGAGUCAUCAUUUACGUCAUUAACAGAGUCGAUAGAAACUACCAUAACAAGAAGAUGAUUUUUUUAGAAUACUUCAAGUUGUAUGAGUUGGUUCACUAUAUUAAGAGAAAUUAUAGCCACCUCAAAGUGGACUUUAUCGAAAUCCAUGUGUUUAACAUGUACAUAUCCUUUUUUGUGAAUGCCAAUGGGAUUUUGUACCAUGUGAAUUACGAGUCCUUCCUGGACGCCAACUCCAUCAACCUGUAUAACGCGCACAACUACGGCUACUUCUUCACGAACCAGAAGAUCCCCAAUGAAACGUCAUCAAGUAUAUGGGGUUAUGGAAAGGCAGCUUCUAACCCUAGUGGUAGGGUUGCCCCCCCUGAGGACCGAUUAUACGUGCUCUACGUGGGCAGUCGAGUCGUCCAAGACAACUGUAUAAUGUACAACCGGGAGGACAUGAUCGAAUUCAAGAAAGGCAAUGCUUACAAAAUUAUACAACAGAACAAAUUAAACUCUCACGAUUCCUACUUUAACAUUUUCCUGCUGAAGUUGGAAUCCGAGUACAACUUUUACAACCAAUUCCUCAGUAGUGAAUAUGAGCAUCUGUACCGCUUUUCCGUGCAUAACUGUAACAUGAUUCUGACGUAUGACUCCCUCAGCAAGUUUGACAUCCCCCAUGAGAAGUUCACCUCGCACUUCAAAGAUGUGUACGCCCUGAUCAUCAUCUACCCCGGAAGCAACAUCAGUUCCAUGUGCAGCCUCUUCAGCAACUACAUAUUCCGGGAGUCCAUUUACAACCUACGGACGGAGCAGUCCAAUGUGCUUGAAAUCUACGCAGAGAAGAAAAAGCUAACUAUGCUCGUUAACAACAAAACGAAAAACUACUACGUUAACCUGAACAACAAAAAAAAUGAAGAGCCUCUGCAAACCAGCCUUCUCAAAAUGAAGACCUGCCUAAAGCAGUACGUUAGAAAUAACUAUGAUGACUACUUUGACUAUUUGAACGUCAUUUAUUUUGUGUCUUCAGAUUAG